GUAGAACAUAGUGUGUCGCACGGCAGUGACGUUUCGCGACGGCCGGACUUUCAUUUGCAGCCGCCUCGAAGCAAACUUGUGAGUUAAUUAUAGUGGACAGUGGAUUUGAUACUGCUAAGUGGAAGAAAACAAGAAUUUGAAUAUAAUAUUUGUUUUGCAAGAUAACAGCUAUGACAGAUCCAGACAUUCUCACGGAGGUCCCAGCUUCUCUGAAACGCCUUGCUAAGUAUGUAGUACGUGGUUUUUAUGGCACUGAACAUUCUUUGACUCUGGACAUUCUAAUUCGAAACACAUGUGUAAAGGAGGAAGACAUGUUGGAGCUUCUGAAGUUUGAUCGGAAGCAACUGCGAGCAAUUCUCAACACUCUUAAAGGUGACAAGUUUAUCAAAUGCAGAAUGAGAGUGGAGACUGCUCCGGAUGGGAAGACCACCAGGCACAAUUUCUACUUUAUUAAUUAUCGUCUACUGGUCAAUGUGGUGAAGUAUAAGUUGGAUCAUAUGAGAAGAAGAAUUGAGACAGAUGAAAGAGACUCCACCAACCGAGCCUCUUUCAGGUGCCCUAUUUGUUGCAGUACCUUCACAGAUUUAGAGGCAAAUCAAUUGUUUGAACCUAAUACAGGGAUAUUUCGCUGCACAUUUUGUGAGACUGAAGUGGAAGAAGAUGAAUCUGCAAUGCCUAAAAAGGAUGCAAGGACACUUGUAGCACGAUUCAAUGAACAAAUAGAACCUAUUUAUGCAUUGCUUCGUGAGACUGAGGAUGUUAAUUUAGCUUAUGAAUUACUUGAGCCUGAGCCUAUGGAGAUUCUUGCAUUGAAGCAGAGCAAAGAACGAGCUGUUAAUGCAUUGGGAAACAGUAAUUUACCAAGUGGGCAGCACAGAGAAGCCUGGACAACAAAGGGUCCUUCUUAUGGGGACAUGUACACUCAGAAUGUAAUUAUUAACAUGGAAGAUCAAGAAGAUGCACAUCAGCCAGCAAAUGAAGGGAAGCUACCCAGAGAGAGACCAGUCUGGCUGCGGGAAAGCACAGUGAAGGGUGCUUAUGAUCCUAAUGAGGUCACUGAAGGUGGUCAAGACAUAAACGUGUUACAUGAAGAUGAAGAGGGACAGGCAGCACUAGAUAAUAAUGAAGAGGUAAUGCGUGCUCUGCUCAUCCAUGAAAAGAAAACCUCUUCUGUCUCUACGGCUGCUAUGGGAGGGAUUGCUCCUUUAUCUGCCACAAAUGCCAGUGAUUCCGAGAGUGAGACCAGUGAAUCUGAUGAGGACUCCCUUCCUUGUGCAGCCACUGCUCCCACAACUCUCUAUGGGCUGGCAGAUGACAAUGAUGAGGAUGAGUUUGAGGUAGUGACUGAAGACCCCAUUGUUAUGGUGGCAGGACAUCCCUUUUCUUACAGCCAAGUAAACCAGCGGCCGGAGCUUGUGUCCCAGAUGACUGUGGAAGAGAAAGAGCAAUAUAUAGCUAUGGGCCAGCGUAUGUUUGAGGAUAUGUUUGAUUAACAACUUCUGCCUGAAUAGCAGUAAUAGAUGAUCUUCAACUGGAAAUUCUGAAAAAGCAAAAGAAUUAGAACUCAACAGAGGAGUCAAAGAUCAGAACGUAGGGAAGGAGCUACCACAAAUGCAAGAAGGUGUGAGAAACCUGCGGUCAAUCCAGAUAUAUCUCCCUUAUUUGCACAUGUGCAUAUAGCGCUGUGUUUAGUCUACAGGUUUUCCAUUACAUUAUACUUUUUUAUUUUUAUUUUGCCUGGAAAAUAUGAAUGCUUUUUUGAUGAGUUAUUAUUUUUCCUCAAAAAGAGGAUUGUACUAUAGAAGGCAUUAUCUUUAGUUUACUCUGAACAUAUUUGCUUGUAUCAUAUAGUUGAAAGACCUUAUUGCCUUGCAAGCAUAGUGACUAUAUAGGCUCCUUAUUUCCAAUGGGUGGACAAGCUAAAUGCUUGCCUGCCAUAUAUCUUUGGUGAGGGUAGGGAGAAAGAGAACCUGUGGCCGAAGAGAGUAUAAAUACAAUCACGUUAAAUCAGUGAGUAUUGGGGACUGUGGUGUACAUUUUUUCUGCAGAAGGCAUGCUGAAAAUAGGAGUUAUUGUAGAGGACAAACAAAAAAACUGAAUCCAGCCACUGCAAUCUUUUCAAAUUUAUCUGAUUUUUAAAAAAUGAUAUCCGUGUGUGACUCUUCUUUGCUAACUUAGUAGAUUUUUUAAAAAAAUCAUUUAAUAAUUUCAUCUGCACUGCAAAAAUUUCCAAGGAGGUGACUUUGUUCAAAUAUAACUUGAAUCUAAUUUUCUUACCUUUUCCAGAAGUUGUGUUAUACAUCCUAUUUUUGGAUGGUUAGUUUGCUUGAAUGAAACUUCACUUAGUUUCCAGAAAGAGUAGUCCCAAUUACAUGUUACAUAAUCUAUGAGGAAAAGGUGAAAACAAAAAAGUUGCUUCUUAACAAACAAGAAUGAGGAAAGCAGAAAGUUGCCUUUGAUAAAACCUGGACUCUGUUCAGUAAAAUAUAUGUGUCAUGACUACGGUAGGAACGAUCAUCCAAGUAAAUGGUGGGGAAAGCAAUAUAUUGUUUUAAUAGAAAUCUAAACAGCUUUAGUACUUUAAAAAAAUUAUGCAGGCUUUAGAUGCCAAUACAGAGCAUGACAGAGUCUAUUUUAAUAUUUCAGUGGUACCUUCAUUAACUCAAUUUUGUGAUAUUUAACUUUCUAAAACAUGUUUUUUUUAAACAAUAUCAUUGUGCAUUUUUUUGGAAUAGUGGUAGACUACAGAUAAAAUAAUUGUAUUUUAAAGCACCAGCAUUUCUUGCAUAUUCCAUUUUUAUAUAUCAGAAUUGUACAAGUUAACAGGCUUGAGAAUUGAAAAGUUAGUGACCAUGUGUGUUGCUUUUUAUAACUUUCAGAUACUUCAAUAAUCAAAUUUUGUUCUACUUUAAAAUAGAAAUAAAAUAAUGAGAUGCUUCCAUUAAGGACUAUUGUUUUUAGAUUGCAAACAAGCAUUUUAAACAGUGUUUUAUAUUAUUUUAAUAAUAUUAUUUGAAGAAUUACUGAACUAUAUACAGCUGUUCCCACAAAAUGCUUGUCUGUCUAUCACAAUGUCCUUGUCCUACUGUGUAUUUGUAUUUCAUAUUAAGGCUGUAUAAAUGAUAGUUCAAAAGUAGGUCUUGCAUUCAAAUACCGUUGGGAAUGCAGAUCUUUUGGAGAAUUUGACCGUCAUAUAUUGUAUUGACAGUUAAAGGCAGUCUUCCAACUUGGUUGGUCCCCUUUUCAAAUGGAAGAAAUAAAUAAUAAUUCAAGGGAAAGGUUGCUCACCACUAAAUGUCACUGCAUCAGAAUUAAAUCAUUAUGUUACAGAUAGUAACAAACCUGAAGUAUAAUUUAUAUAUAUAUAUAUAGUAUAUUUAAUAGUGAUGCAUGUAGACAAAAAGUAUUCAUAUACAUAAAAGCUUGCCUCUGGACAUGGUGGAUGUUGGAAGUUUUAAAGAAGAGAGAGGACAACCAUUUGUCCAAAAUAGUAUAGGAUCUCCUGCUUGAACAGGGGGUUGGACUGGAAGACCUCCAAGGUUCCUUCAACUCUGUUAUUUUAUAUUCUCUAUAAAUGCAGCAUUGUAGAUUCAAUUGCAAAAAAGACACAUUGGAUCAUACAGCGAUACUCACUUAUCUUCUGUCUGCCUAGUAUUUUUUCCCAGGAUUGUGUGGCUUCCUAUCACAGCUACAACAUGAUCUUAGAAGUUACAUUUUGUUUUAGGGUGUUUCAUGUGCAUCCCACAUGGCCUGAACAGUUUUUUUUUGGAUUUUGAAUUUGAAGCUUAGCUUCAAACCUUUAUGGAACUUAAGAAAUUCCUAAUUUUAUAGAAAAAUGGAAUAUUGCAACAAGUGCUGACAUAGUGACAGAGUGACUAUAGUAUAUGCUAUGGGCUGAGACUUUUCUCAUGUUCUUUUGUACCUUUUCUUUGCCAUGUCUUGGACCCUAUUUAAAAACGUAUUUCAUAUAAGACCCUAUUUCUAGUUUUUUAAAAGUACCACUGUCUGCCUUUUAGAAAACAAAACUAUUGUUUUAGUAAUAAA